UGGAGGGAAAAUCACGGGAUCGUCUCUCCCACUUCUCCCAGUGGUUCGAAUAUGAUAAUGUUUUAUUCCCUUUUCAGGUAAUUUUAAAAUGCAUUUCUUAAGCAGAAGAGCAUUACACAUGGCGUUGAUUCCGAUGCCCAAUGCUCCACAAAAACAUCCCCCAACUUAUAAACCAACACAACAGUUCCCAAUGUUUGACGGAAACCCACUUUCCUGCUUCCAGUACUGGUUUUGGAGGGUUCAUGAUGCUUCAUAAUAGGCACAUAUGGGGGGUUCUUUGUUAGAGUUGGUAUUCUUUGUUUGAAAAGGCUCCUGUUCGGGGGGUUUAAGUUUUCAAUGAACUUUGUUUCUGCUUGGUGGCAUCUCGCCAAAGUUUUUACAGGCCGGUUAAACUUAACUGACGAGGGACGACUGGAAGGAACAAAGAGUAAUGUUUGAGGUCAACAUGUUGGUUGAUUGGAUGCAUGAGAAGUGGUCUGGAAUUGUGCUUUUUCUUGUGUCGUCCACGAUUUUCCAUGUAAGAGGAGCAUUUGUUGGAAUAAACAUUGGCACUCAUGUUUCUAAUCUUCCACCUGCUUCAAAUGUGGUUUCUAUGCUCAAAAGCUACCAAAUAACUCAUGUUAGACUCUAUGAUGCCAAUGCUGAAUUACUCAAAGCCUUUGCAAACAGUAGAACUGAAGUAAUAGUUGGCGUUACAAAUGAGGAGGUUCUAAAAAUUGGAAGGUCUCCUUCAGCUGCUGCAACUUGGGUUAAUAAAAAUGUCGCACUUUAUGUACCUGCAACCAAUAUAACAGCCAUUGCUGUAGGCAGCGAGGUCCUUACCACCAUCCCCAAUGCAGCACCGGUCUUGAUCCGUGCCAUGAAAUACCUUCAUAAAGCUCUGGUCGCCGCGAACUUAAAUCUUCAAGUCAAAGUUUCGACUCCCCAGUCUAUGGAUGUCAUUAUUUCGUCUUUCCCUCCCUCUACUGCCACAUUCAAUUCUUCAUGGAACUCCACCAUUUACCAACUCCUUCAGUUUUUGAAAAAUACCAAGUCCUAUUAUAUGUUAAACGUUUAUCCUUACUAUGGAUACAUCAAAGGAAACGGAAUUUUUCCACUAGAUUAUGCUCUUUUCCGGCCAUUGUCUAUAAACCGGCAGAUUGUUGACCCGAACACUCUCCUCCACUAUAACAGCAUGUUUGAUGCCAUGUUGGAUGCAACCUAUCAUUCAAUAAAAUCUCUCAACUUUAAUGGUAUCCCCAUUGUCGUGACAGAGACUGGCUGGCCAUGGUCUGGUGGAGCCAAUGAACCUUAUGCGACCAAGCAAAAUGCUGAGAUGUAUGUUAACAAUCUGAUCAGUAGGGUUUUGAAUGGUUCAGGUCCUCCUAGUGAGCCAACUAUACCUGUUAACACGUACAUAUAUGAGUUGUUCAGUGAAGAUCAGAAACCUGGGCCUAUUUCAGGGAAAAACUGGGGAGUUUUUUCAACCGAAGGUUCUGCUAUGUAUCGUUUGAGUUUGAUAUCCAGCAGUGUCACUGGAAGUUCUUCUGUCCUGUACUGUGUGGCAAAAGACGGUGCAGAUCCUGGUAAGUUACAAAAUGGUCUGAAUUGGGCCUGUGGUCAGGGUGGAGCUAAUUGUUCUGCCAUUCAACCGGGGGAGCCAUGUUUUCUUCCUAAUAACAUCAAAAGCCAUGCCUCUUAUGCUUAUAAUGACUAUUAUCAGAAAAUGCAACGCAAUGGUGGAACAUGCGACUUUGACGGCACAGCAACCACCACUAAUAUCGAUCCAAGUCACGGAUCCUGUGUAUACACUGGAAGCUCUAAUCCAAGCGGUGGUAAUGGGGGUUCUCCCCCAGCUCCUUCAGUGACCCCAGUACCAGGACCCUCCAGCGAUAUUCCUGGUGCAAGUUCAAAAGUUGAAGCCUGGCAGUUUCUCUUCUUGUUGUCACCCAUGCUUUUGUCUGCUUUGACUUGAAGUAAGAUGCAAGCAGCAGCAGUUUCCUGUUCAACGAAAUCUUCGACAUGCAGUUUCAACGAAAUGCAUGGGCGCAGGAUCAUUUUGAUUGAACUUGUUGUAACGUUCUGUAUGUAUAUAUACAAGUGCUUUGUAAUUUUAUAAAGAAAGAAAGGGGUCUUUUGUGCUUUG